UUUAAAGACUGCUGGAGCAGCUGCACUUCACAUCUCAGUCAGUACCUAGCAGAACUUCGAGUGCCUGCACAAAACAUCUCCGACUGCUGCCUGAGGCUGACCGGGAGGCGAGGCACCACGGCAGGGAGUCCCAGGGCAGAUCCCAACCUGGGCACGAGCUCGACCCUCGCCUCCCCUGCUUGUCUUGCAGAAGCGACCCCGGGGUCUUGCCUGGAGACAAGUCACUGGGUGCCCCUGCAGCCUCCUUCUAUGACUCCGUUUGGAUCUGGCUAGCCGUGGGGACAAGCUCUGAGGGGCUGCUCGGAUCGCAGCGUGUACAGGCGGCCAGCUCUCCGGCCACCAUGACGAACGCUGGAAACUGAGGGCACAGGUUCUACAGCCUCAGCAGGGGUCACUCAGGGCGUGAUGGAGAACAAAGCCAUGUACCUGCACACCGUGAGUGACCGGGACACCAGCUCCAUCUUCGAGGAGCCCUUUGAUGGCAGGAGCCUGUCUAAGCUAAACCUUUGUGAGGACGGUCCAUGCCAUAAACGGCGGGCAGGCGGCUGCUGCACCCAGCUGGGCUCCCUGUCGGCCCUGAAGCAUGCUGUCCUGGGACUCUACCUGCUGGUCUUCCUGAUUCUCGUGGGCAUCUUCAUCCUGGCAGUGUCCAGGCCCCGCAGCUCCCCGGACGACCUGAAGGCGCUGACCAGGAAUGUGAACCGGCUGAACGAGAGCUUCCGGGACUUGCAGCUGCGGCUGCUGCAGGCGCCACUGCAGGCGGACCUGAUGGAGCAGGUGUGGAAGGUGCAGGACGCGAUGCAGAACCAGACAGACUCACUGCUGGCACUGGCGGGCGCCGUGCAGCGGCUGGAAGGCGCACUGUGGGGGCUGCAAGCCCAGGCGGCGCAGACCGAGCAGGCGGUGGCCCUGCUGCGCGACCGCACCGGCCAGCAGAGUGACACAGUGCAGCUGGAGCUGUACCAGCUGCAGGUGGAGAGCAACCGCAGCCAGCUGCUGCUGCGGCGCCACGCGGGAAUGCUGGACGGGCUGGCGCGCAGGGUGGACGUCCUGGGCGAGGAGCUGGCCGACGUGGGCGGUGCGCUGCGUGGCCUCAACCACAGCCUGUCCUACGACGUGGCCCUGCACAGCACACGGCUGCAGGACCUGCAGGUGCUGGUGAGCAAUGCCAGCGAGGACACGCGCCGCAUGCGGCUGGUGCACAUGGGCAUGGAGCUGCAGCUCAAGCAGGAGCUGGCCAUGCUCAACACCGUCACCGAGGACCUGCGCCUCAAGGACUGGGAGCACUCCAUCGCGCUCAGGAACAUCUCCCUGGCCAAAGGGCCACCAGGACCCAAAGGUGACCCCGGGAAUGAAGGGAAGGAGGGCGAACCCGGCAUCCCUGGAUUACCUGGACUUCGAGGUCUGCCAGGGGAGAGAGGAACCCCGGGACUGCCUGGCCCCAAGGGCGAUGACGGGAAGCUGGGGGCCACAGGACCAAUGGGCAUGCGUGGGUUCAAAGGUGACCGAGGCCCAAAAGGAGAGAAAGGAGACAGAGGAGACAGAGCUGGAGACAGCAGUGGCGUGGAGGCUGCGAUGAUCCGCCUGGUGAACGGCUCGGGCCCGCACGAGGGCCGCGUGGAGGUGUACCACGACCGGCGCUGGGGCACCGUGUGCGACGACGGCUGGGACCGGAAGGACGGCGACGUGGCCUGCCGCAUGCUGGGCUUCCGCGGCGCGGAGGAGGUGUACCGGACAGCUCGCUUCGGCCAAGGCACCGGGAAGAUCUGGAUGGAUGACGUGGCCUGCAGGGGCACAGAGGACUCCAUCUUCCGCUGCAGCUUCUCCAAGUGGGGGGUGACAAACUGUGGACACGCUGAAGAUGCUGGGGUGACGUGCAGCAGACACUGAAAGUGAGCGUGCUCCAAGGUUGGGACCCUGCCCGGAGCCUCCUGCCUGCCUGCCUAGGAUGGGGGCAUCGCUGGAGGCCACCCCGACCAUGCCUCUGCCCUGCCUCGCCCAGCACGCCCCAGCCCUUCCACCACUAUCCCAGGACCAUGGUGGCUGCCGUCACUCUCUUCCUGGACUCCAAAGUAAUCUCUGGGAUUUACUGCCUGUCUCUCCCUUCCACCAGUGUUCCUGCACGGGGAGCCCUGGUCAACUGGAUCACCAGUUUUCCCAGCCUUCUGAAUACCAGCACUGGGUCUCAAAUCUAUGUUUCCUUCGGUCUAUUGCAGAUGAAUGCUGAGAAGAUGUCAAAAAACAAAUGUCAAAUGUAGCAGUGGAGAUAGGCGGUAUUAUGGAUGAUUUACUCUUCAUAUGCUUCUCAAACCCCGGUUGGGCCAGGAGUUUUGACAUCUUCCUCCCAGCAAAUGACAACACUGCAUGAUUUAUCUUCCUGUCUUUACUCUGCCUCUGCACACCAUUUGUUAGUUUGGGAAAGUGACAUAGAGGAGAAGCCAGCUGCAAGAGGUAGAGGGAAAUGCAAACCAUGUGCAGAAAUCCAGCUGGAUUUGGAGAAGGAGAGUGAGAUUAGCAUUGAUCGAAUGACUACCAUGUGUGCUAAAUAGUAUCUUGGGUGCUAAAUCAUUUUAUCUACUUUGCUGCAUUGUAACAAGGCACAUCAGCCUGGGUAAGGCCUGACCUCCAGGUAGUGCACAUAUGGUCUGUUCUCCUGACCUACAAGUCAGAAGACUAAGAAUGACUGAGACCAAGUUCCCACUGGGACUUUUGUGUGUCUGUGCUAGGCCUGAGUAACAAGCUUGAGAAUGAAGCAAGUGUGACUAGAAAGUUGCAUAUUGCAAACGUUAAAGCAUGUUGAGUCCAUGAUGACAUGAUUGGCUUCCAGGCCAACCAUCUAUGUAGGAGGAGAGCUGAUUUGGAGAGUGUCUCAGGGGCUAUCUGAGUUACCUGGAGCCCAGCGUUCAGUCGAUUGGCAGUCAGGGUGAAAGCCAAGUCAUGUGUGACUCAGAAUUGAUUGUUUGAUGGUGAUGAUACUGUACCUUCUGGGUCACUUGAGGUAUGAUCCUUUGCUCAGAAAAACAAGUCCAGAUGGAUCCUGUGGACGCAGAAGGAAGGAUUGUCCAUAACCCCUGGGGAUAAUAAGAGAUCCUGGACAUCUGCACCCUCCUAUGAUCGGGAGAUCAUAUCCUGUUUUUCACACAAAGAGAUCAAACUGGGCCAUUCGUAUGUUCUAGUUCUAGCGGAGCUACGUGGAAGCAAAUGAGAACAGACUGACCUCACUUUGGAGGAAUCACAAACUCAUGUUGAGGCCUUGGAUACACAACCACCUGUCCUAUCAGGUGAGCAUCAGCCUGCCUGGGGAGAGUGAGACCCGGGCCCCUCCAGGUGUAGGACCACCAGCGUUUCCAGCUGACAGCUUAGCCAAUAUGUGCUCUUGGUCAUUCUUUGCUUACAGGAUGCUUAGUACUCAUUAAUGUCCUAAUGAUCAGAGAUUUUUCCUUCUUACCAAUUGCUAUGUUUACAUAACUCACAUGUACUCAUGCAUCUUUUUCCAGAGCUAAUAUAUGUAUGCAUAUAUAAACUUAGCACUCUUUACUACAUAGGACAUCACAUUGCAAAAUUUGCAUUAAAAAUAUAUAUACAAAAGGUGGGAAGAUGUCACAUUGGAUGAGAUAAAUUCUGAACUCAUUUCUGGCAGACUCCAGUUAUCCCACCUACGGAAAACCACAUAACCUUCUUACUUGGUCUUUUCAUUUGGGAAACCACAAGUCUUGUUUUACAUCAAAUAAAAACAAUGUUGAAAAGUGUCUUAACUUUAAAAAUAACAGUCUACUAGUUUACAUACCUAUUUAAGAGGACAUGGAAAUGACCAUGGACCUGUAUUUCAGGGACUAAAGGAAAUUAGGCCUGGCCUAAAAUACUUCAUACUCUUUUGUAAGAAAGAAUUUCAAUAAAGUAAAACACAUGUCACUCACAA